ACUCUCUCUCAGUGUCAUAUCAAGUAGUGGUGGCUCAGCCGUCGGAGGUUACCAUGGGGUCGCAGGAGGAGUACCAACCGCUACUCAUCAGGCUCGAUUCACACUCCCAGAUACCGAACUUGUCGUCCAGUGCCAUUGAAGAGUUUCUGGAGCACAAGCCCGUGGCGGUUCGAUGGUGGCCUAAACUGGUGGCUUGGGAGUCGAGGCUCCUCUGGAUUUUAUCCGGUUCAUCUAUCGCUGUCUCUAUAUUCAACUACAUGCUCAGCUUUGUGACUCUCAUGUUUUGUGGGCACCUGAGUGCCUUGGAGCUUGCUGGGGCCUCUAUAGCUAGCGUUGGAAUUCAGGGUCUCGCUUAUGGUAUCAUGUUGGGAAUGGCGAGUGCUGUCCAAACAGUGUGUGGGCAAGCAUAUGGAGCCAAACAACUGCCAGCAAUGGGAAUCAUAUGCCAAAGGGCAAUCAUCCUGCAUUUGGGAGCAGCAGUACUACUCACAUUUGUGUACUGGUGGUCAGGACCAAUCCUUAUAGCCAUCGGCCAAACAGAAGACAUAGCAGCACAAGGUCAAGUAUUUGCCAGAGGAAUAAUCCCACAGCUCUAUGCAUUUGCCAUAAACUGCCCCCAGCAGAGGUUUCUCCAAGCUCAGAACAUUGUAAACCCUCUAGCUUACAUGUCACUCGGGGUCUUCCUCCUCCACAUUCUGCUCACUUGGGUGGUGGUUUAUGUGGUGGACUAUGGGCUGACGGGGGCGGCUCUGACACUCAGCUUCUCUUGGUGGCUUCUUGUCAUCACAUAUGGAAUUUACAUUCUUGUCAGCCCCAAGUGUAAGGAGACUUGGACUGGCUUCUCAUGGAAGGCUUUUAGGGGCAUUUGGCCUUACUUUAAGUUGACACUUGCGUCCGCUAUCAUGCUUUGUUUGGAGAUAUGGUACAACCAAGGACUAGUGCUGAUAUCAGGGCUUCUCUCCAAUCCGACAAUCUCUCUAGACUCCAUUUCUAUUUGCAUGAACUACUUGAACUGGGACAUGCAAUUUAUGUUAGGCCUAUCCGCGGCAGCCAGUGUUCGUGUUAGUAAUGAGCUUGGUGCCGGUCACCCGAAGGUGGCCAAGUUUUCAGUGUUUGUAGUGAACGGGACGAGCAUAUUGAUUAGCAUAGUCUUCAGUGCGAUUAUAUUGAUAUUCCGAGUUGGAUUGAGCAAGCUUUUUACAAGCGACGCUGAAGUUAUCACGGCAGUAUCUGAUUUAACCCCAUUGCUCGCCAUCUCUGUUUUCUUGAAUGGCAUUCAACCUAUACUCUCAGGUGUGGCAAUCGGAAGCGGAUGGCAAGCUGUUGUGGCGUACGUUAACCUGACUUGUUACUAUAUUAUCGGUCUUCCGAUUGGAUGUGUUCUAGGCUUCAAAACUAGCAUGGGAGUUUCAGGUAUUUGGUGGGGAAUGAUCAUUGGAGUUUUUCUACAAACAGUAACUCUAAUUGUUCUCACUGCAAGAACAAACUGGGAUUCUGAGGUUGUAAAAGCAGCUGAACGAUUGAAGAAAUCUGCAAGUGCAGAAAGAUUAGACUUGGUGACCGAUAUAUAAGGCUGCUGUGAAGGUUUCUGAACUUCAUUUCACGUGCGAUUCCUGUUCAAAAUCCUUUGAUUCGACAGUGCAUUAUGGUCAACGAGAACUAGCAUAGAUGUUUGUUACGUUUCUUUCUUACCCUGCACACAACUAAGCAGAUUGUUGCAAUUUUGAUGAUUUAAGGGAAAGAAAAAGUCCUACUUGUUUGUGGCAGUAGAAAUUUCUACCAGGCAUAAUUUCAGUAGAAGCUGCACUACUAGAAUCACAUUGUGCUUGUAGUUAAACUGCUACAACAUCAAACGGUUCCAUUCUGUUCUCCA